CAUUUCAGAGCCCAGUCUCAAGCUAGCAACACUCAAAAUUAGUUAGUUCUUGUGUUCGGAACAAAUAAUUGAAGUCACAUAUCGUGAUACUACACAGUGAUAGAAUCGAUAGAAAAUGAAUGUGGUGGGGGCUCUGGUCAAUCUGCUGCUGAUCUCGGCCUGCGCCUACACGAUGUGCUCACUGACCCCGGCGGACCAUCCGUAUGCCUACCUGGCGGCAUCCUUCAGCCUGGUCCACGGGUUGCUGGGCGUGGUGCGCUCCUUUGCCGAAGAGCCCGAGUGCGGACUCACCUUUGUAAUCUCGGCCAGCAUACUGGAGGUUAUCCUGCUACCACUGGCCAACAUCGAGUUCUACCUGGUAUCCGAUCAGUCGGGUGUGGCGCUGGUGCACGGCAUGUCGCUGAUCCCACUGUUCUACGACAUGAUCGGCAAGGUGAGCGAGGACUGGGACAGCUCCACGGAAACGCUGAAGGACCUAGCUCUGUUGGGCAACAUCGGCUCCACGUUGUAUCUGGCCACCAAGGACGGCAACCAUCUCUACUUCGGUGUGGCUGCCACCGCGUUCCUCGCCCGAUACGGCGGUGCAAUGGUCGGUACCUGCAACGACCGCCUUAGCAACGCUGUAGAGACUCUGGCAAACACCGGCAUCCUGGCCCUUAUGACGCACUCACUGAUGGCUAAGUGCUAAGACUUCAAUUUGAUCGGUUCGCGAAAUAAAGCCAAGAAAAAUCAGCA